GACCACUAUGGAUCGGCCAGCAGCAAGAAGAGCUAGAGGUGCGGUCGCCAUGACGGUGCUGCUGCUCCUGCUCCUGCCGGGGCCUGCCUCGUCUCUGGCGGGGGCGGCGGUUGGGGUAAUCGUCCGCUCGCCUUUCAUGAAAAGGAUCGCGAGCAUCAUCGUCAAGGAGGUAGCAAGCGCGGGCGCGUCCGCUCUGACGAAGGCCCUCCGCAGCUCCAACAAGGCCGGCCAGCUGGGCUCCGAUGCCGCGGACGACGCCGGCAUCAUACUCUACAACGUCUCCGUCGGACAACAGACCUUCUCCGGCGUGGUCGACAUCUUCAACGACUUUUUCUGGGUGCAGUGCCCGCCCGCUCCGGCGCAAGUGCUCUCCGCAGUCCCCUGCAUCAGCGACACGUGCUCCAGCGUGCUCAGGAAGACCACUAACAACGACUGCGUCGACACAACGAGCAGCUGCCUGUACGCGUACGGGUCACUCGACGAUGGCAGCUACAGCACCGGCUACCUCGGCUAUGAGAAGUUCACCUUCGGUGCUGGGACCGGGACGUCGCCCGUCUCCGGGAGCGUGGUGUUUGGCUGCAGCACCCAGAAUACGGUGAAGGACGGCGCCAUUGGGUUCAGCAAGGGCCCCCUCUCCAUCCUGUCACAGCUACACAUCACCAGGUUCUCCUACUUCCUGACACCCGACGACUCCAAGAGCUCGAGCUCCACCAGCGUGGUCCUGCUGGGCGACCAAGCCGUGCCGCAGACUAAACGUAGCCGCUCCACACCAUUGCUAAAGAGUAACGUGUACCAGGACUUGUACUACGUUAAGCUCACCGGAAUAAAGGUUGACGGUGAGCCGCUAAAAGGCAUCCCGGACCGAGCGUUCGACUUCGCGGCGGAUGGCAAGUCCGGUGGGGUGGCCCUGAGCACCACCAUCGCCCUCACCUGGCUCCAGAGUGACGCCUACUAUGCCGUGAAGCAAGCGCUAAUGAGCAAGAUAGACUCACCGGCCGUGAAAAGCAACAAUGAGUUGGACCUGUGCUACGACACCACCUCUGUGGCCAAGCUCAAGUUCCCCAAGAUAACUCUGGUAUUUGAUGGAGUGGACUCACCCGGGAUGGACCUCACAACGGUGCACUACUUCUACAAGGACACCAACACCGGGUUCCAGUGCCUCACCAUGCUGCCGAUGCCCAAGGAUUAUCCUUUAGGCUCCAUCCUAGGUAGCAUGCUGCAGGCGGGCACCAACAUGAUCUACGACAUCGGUGCCCGGCAGCUGACCUUCGAGAAGGCGGCGGCGGCGGCCCCACAGGUGCCACUCAUGGCGAUAGUCUCUCUCCUUGCGUGGGUGCUCCUCUUCUAGCUAGAUAGUGUGUCAGCGAUCAAUCCUCCUGAUUUAAAUACUACCAGUGUUCGGUCCCUUAGCUAGUACAAAACUUUUAAGGUUG